UAAAAUUUCAAGCUGAGAAAAUAGCAUCUAGAUGGUGAAUUUCUGAUCAGCAACCACUGUAAUAUUUUAGGAAAAGGAUCAUGGCCCAAGUGCACAAUCAGUUUCACCCAAAGAUUCCACUGAUUUGAUCAUUCAGAUAGCCGGAUGACGCCACACGACAAGCUUAAGUUCAAUCCCUGAAUUUGUAAUAAUCAAUGCGAAUCAAAGACUUGACACUGAUGUCUUUCUUCAAUCUCUGAUGUCCCAAUUUUACUGGAAUCCUUGUAAACUAAGGCGGUACAGCACUCUUGCAGGCAGAUGGGUGAAAUGGGAAUAACCCAAUUCAUGUUGUUAUUGUUAUUAUCAUGCUUCUCUCUCCUAUUUUGCACUCUCUCUUCGUCCCAUUCAGCCGAAGAUGAGGUAGCCGUAGCCCAUUUCCAGCAAUACUUAAGAAUACCUACUGCCCACCCGAAUCUCAACUAUAAACCAGCCCAAGAAUUCUCGUCCCAUUCAGCCGAAGAUGAGGUAGCCGUAGCCCAUUUCCAGCAAUACUUAAGAAUACCUACUGCCCACCCGAAUCCCAACUAUAAACCAGCCCAAGAAUUCAUACUCUCCAGAGCCAAAUCCAUAGGCCUUGAUAUCCAAGUACUAGAAUUCACCAAAGAGAAACCUCUUAUACUCCUCACAUGGACUGGCAAAAACCCCUCAAUGCCUUCUAUACUGUUGAACUCUCAUAUGGACAGUGUUCCUGCAGAGGCAGACAAAUGGGUUCAUGACCCUUUUGGGGCCACUAAGGACAGCACAGGCAAUAUUUAUGCCAGGGGAGCCCAAGAUGACAAAUGUAUUGGAAUGCAGUAUCUUGAAGCCAUUGAAAGACUUAAAACACAGGGAUUUCAACCUCUAAGAACAGUGCAUGUAUCUUAUGUCCCUGAUGAGGAAAUUGGUGGCAUGGAUGGAUCGAAGGCCUUUGUUCUAUCCAAGGAAUUUGAAAAAUUGCAUGUGGCUUUUGUCCUGGAUGAAGGACAGGCGAGCCCCAAUGAACAUUACAGGGUUUUUUAUGCAGACAGAAUUCCUUGGAGGUUGAUUAUUAAGGCUACUGGAGCUCCAGGUCACGGUUCUAAGCUCUACGAUAACAGUGCUCUUGAGAAUCUUAUAGAGAGUAUGGCUGUUAUAGAUCGUUUUAGGUCAGCUCAAUUUGAUUUAGUGAAGUCUGGAGUGGCAGAGUAUGGAGAAGUGAUAUCUGUGAAUCCAGUUUAUGUCAAAGCGGGGACUCCCACCACUACUGGAUUUGUUAUGAAUGUGCAGCCAUCGGAGGCAGAGGCAGGGUUUGACAUUCGACUUCCACCUACAGCAGAUCCCCAGAUGGUUAGAAAGCGGAUUUCAGAUGAAUGGGCACCUGCUGCAUGCAAUAUGACUUAUCAGCUUAUUCAAAUAGGGCCAAUAAGGGACAUUCACGGGCAUCCCCUUUUAACAGUAGCCAACCACUCAAAUAUAUGGUGGGUGCAGCUUGAGAAGGCUGUCUUAGUAGCGGGAGGCAAACUACGGAAACCUGAAAUAUUGGCAUCAACCACUGAUACUCGCUUUAUGAGGGAGAAAGGAAUCCCGUCUUUCGGAUUCUCACCAAUGUCAAACACCCCAAUAUUACUUCACGACCAUAAUGAGUUCUUAAAUGAAGCAGAGUAUAUAAAGGGGAUAAAGGUGUACAAGAAAAUUAUUGAAAUAUUAAGUUCCUGUACUGAAUCCGUUGAUGAUAUAGCCUUUAAAGAUGAGUUAUGAUGGUGUGUGACAUUGGUUGAACAUUACACAAAAGACUGGUCAAUGGUAUGACAGUCAUGUUAUUCUCACAUAAAAUGGGAUAAUUUCUAAUGGAACGACUUCAUUGGAACAGAUAAAUAGAGAAGACUCUGUUUAGUAUGAUUACAGAUAUCCCAGUGUUCAAAAUUCUAUUUCAAAAAUCAGAUUUAUAAUUGAGAUUUUUGUAGAUUCCACCUAAAAUAAAGCAGAUAUUGUUCAAAUCUUAUUGCAUUAAUGUGAAGUGUUUAUAGUUGGAUGCUGUGAAAAUGUUAAGAAGUCCCCAGUUAGCAUAUUUACUAUUAGACUUUUAACAUGAUUGACAACAUUUGAGACAAUGCACUAUUAUUAAUAUAUAUCAAGUGCAAUUAUGUAAAGCAUAUUUCCCUGUUCUUGAGAGCUUUGUAUAUAUAUUAAUUUGUAA